UAUCCAAAAGUGAAAGCGAGUGAUGUGGAGUCGAUCUUGACUUUAAUGAAUUAUUUGUGAAAAGUUUUUUCUAUCAAAAUACGUGUGUAAAAAUGAUUUCGGCAACAUGUGUGGCUCCGGUUAAUAUUGCCUUGAUAAAAUACUGGGGCAAACGGAAUGAAGAUUUAAUUCUACCCGUUAAUGAUUCGAUUAGCAUGACACUUAACACGAAUGAGAUGUGUGCAAAGACCACAAUAUCCGCAUCGGAAAAGUUCGAGAGAAAUCGUAUGUGGCUAAAUGGUGAUGAAGUGGACUUUGAAGAAAAUGUGCGUCUAAUGCGCUGCUUGAAAGGUGUUCAAAACCUUGUACUUGCGAAUGGGAUAUCGAAGGUCCCUCUAUCUUGGAAAUUGCACAUAGCAUCACGUAACAAUUUUCCCACCGCAGCUGGUCUAGCAUCAAGUGCAGCAGGCUAUGCCUGCCUUGUAUUCACGUUAGCGCGUCUCUAUGGCUUACCCCAUAAUGAAGAGCUAACUACAAUUGCACGGCAAGGUAGUGGUUCAGCUUGUCGCAGCUUGUAUGGUGGCUUUGUGCAUUGGCAUCGCGGCGUAUUGGAAAAUGGCAGUGACUCCGUUGCUGUACCAGUUGUUCCAGCUCAACACUGGCCCAAUAUGCAUGUGCUCAUCUUGGUUGUAAACGAUGCCCGUAAAAAAACGUCUUCGACAUUAGGAAUGCAAAGAGCUGUUACUACAUCAACAUUGCUCCAGCAACGUGUUACGGACGUGGUUCCACAUCGCACAAAAAAACUCAUUGAUGCAAUAAACACGCGGAAUUUUACUGAGUUUGCAGAAAUUACAAUGAGAGAAUCUAACCAAUUUCACGCUAUUGCAUUGGACACCUUUCCGCCUUGUAUUUAUAUGAAUGAUGUUUCACACGCUAUCGUUAAUUUCGUUCAUUCUUAUAAUGAAGCAGCUGGUACUAUACUUACAGCAUAUACGUUUGAUGCAGGUCCAAAUGCGUGUCUUUAUGUUUUGGAAGAGCACGUUCCCAAACUCCUAGCUUCUAUUAAUGAAGCGUUUCCUAACGAUAUUGCGCAGAGUGUGGAAUAUUUGCAAGGCAUUCCUAUGACAACGCCGUCGCCUGUAUCUGGAAAUGACCAAGGCAGCGGUGAUUCAUCCAAAAAAUGCACAAAUGAAAACGUUAAGAUAAACCAUUCUACGAUCGAUACGUAUCCAAAGAAUCUUUUAAAAUACAUAAUUCACACAAAAAUUGGUGACGGACCACGUCAGAUGACUGAUGAGGACAGUCUAUUGUCUGAUGGCUUACCGAUAGCUAACUAAAAUCGCAUGCACCGAACACACACAUCUAGGUAUCGUUUGAUAAAUUUAAAAUAUUUCAUUUUUUACAUAUACAUAAGUACAGUUGGGUUGGUUCUUUUAAUCAAGAUGAGUUUGUGGUGGUCUGUAUAAAGCUUUAAUAGACAGAAUUGUAAAAUAUUUACAUUCAUUGCCUUUAAGUAUGCAAUCUUAAUACAAAAACCAUAUGCUAAUUCAUGUUAUUCACAAAUGUUAUGCUCAAAUACAUAAUAUCGGCGCCAGGGGUAUAAUAAAAACAAUUAUUUUGAA